AUGGCGAGUGGGAGUACUGAAACUGCAGGAAAGCUUAUGCUGAAAUGGCUUAUAGUGCUUUUUGUGGUUGCAGAGUUGUGCGAUGGGCAGUCGGGGCAGGCCAACAACGUAUUGGCACAAGGCCAAAAGCUAAGUUGGUCUCAGUUAAUUUCGGAGAACACCAUGUUUGUGCUCGGGCUCUACAGUCCUAAGUAUUCGAAUCUCAGUUAUAUAGGCAUCUCCUACAACACCGAUUACCAAAACCCAGUAUGGAUUGCCAACGGAAACUCUCCAUUCUCCGUAAAUGAUGCGUCAAUCAGCCUCACGAUCGACGCCAACGGCAGCCUGAAAAUUGUGGGGAAAGCAAAAGAUGAGGAGCAUGUGGGGUAUUCGUUUUCACUGUUUGAUGUGGAAGAACCAACAAAUAGCAGUGCCAUUCUGCUGGACAAUGGCAACUUUGUGCUGCGUGAACUGAACCCAGAUGGUUCAGUAAAGCGGGUGCUAUGGCAGAGCUUUGAUCAUCCAACAGACACUCUGCUUCCCGGUAUGAAACUUGGGAUCAAUCGCAAAACUGGAUCCACUUGGUCUUUAACAUCCUGGAGAGGCAAGAAUUGUCCUUCAUCAGGAGCUUUCACCCUCACAAUAAAUUCCAACAAUACAAACCAGUUAUUGAUAUUGUUUCGGGGAGCCAUGUUCUGGACCAGCGGGAACUGGCGUGGCAGUAGCUUCGACUUCUUAGACAUCGAUUUUAAUCGAUUUUCCAACGACAACGAAACGUAUUUCAUUUUCUUCACCUCCUACAAAUUGAGAUUAGAAGAUGGUGGUAUUUUGAAUAUGAUCAGUCACGGUUCCUUGGGCUCUUGUACCCUCGAAUACUACCGUUAUUACAAUCAGUAUAUUCCAGAAGGGUGUGUGUGGAUAAAGCAACACGAAACUUUUCCCGCCGAGUGUAGGACUACGACUUAUACUUCUUUUGAUCCGGAGAUAAAUCAUUACAUUUCGGGGAAUGGUAGCAAGUACAGAGAAAGUGAGAAGCUGACCAUGUUUGAGUGCAAAUAUAUUUGCAUUUCUGAUUGUGAUUGCAUCGCCUACAGUUAUACCAACCAAGAUGGCAGCGGCUGUGAGAUUUGGAAGAAAGGAGCAGAGUUUGCUAUUGUGCAUGGAGAUCCUCAACGCCUAAAUUUGGUUCUCAUCGACCGCUACUCUCCACCCAAUCGCAAAGGUUUUAGCAUUCUGAGAAUAAUGAUCAGACAAAUAAGAGAUGGAAAGAAGAACCCUGAAUUGCAGUUUUUUGACUUUGAAACUAUAGUUUCUGCCACAAGUAAUUUCGCAGACGAUUGUAAGCUAGGACAAGGUGGUUUUGGACCUGUUUAUAAGGGAAGUUUGGGGGAUGGGCAAGAAGUAGCGAUUAAAAGACUGUCAAAGAAUUCAGGACAAGGAUUGGUGGAGUUCAAGAAUGAAACUUGUUUGGGGAAGAGAAUACCCUGKACACGUGGAGGACCCCUAUUGAGAGGAGAGAUUGCUGGUUUAUGA